UCACUAUGGCAACCUCAGACGCCUCGCGUUCCAGAGCAGCCGGUGGCGGAGUUGAGAGGCCUGGUGGCCCCGGGCCGCGGAGACCCCAGUGGCAUGAGGCGGCAGGAGGCGCUGGCGGUGACGGCAGGGACAGCAGCGGAGGCGGGCCGCGACGGGGAGCAGCCUAGGCCCCCAGGGCUGGGGUGCAGGGUUCGCGCUGAGCCGGGAGGCCCCCAAGAGCCCCGCCAACAAUGGAAGACGUUUUUGUACUGUGAGCCCCAUAAGAGAAUCAAGGAGGUUUUGGAAGAAGAACUUUCUAUCAAGAGGGAUGAGUGCCACGUGAAAAGCCCACCUGCAGUGGCCCUGGAUGGAAUUUGGAGCAUUAAAAGGAACCUCCCUGUGGGAGGCAUGAUGCUAGGACCGCAGAGCAGAAACAAUUCACUCCCGCAAGCCAAGUACUACUCAAGGCACGGAGGACUGAGAAGAUAAGACGGACAAACCCUUCUACAGAGAUGGAACUUUCAUUCUCCUAAUGUCCAAAGACAGAAGAAACCCAAGCUUGUUUCUCAAUUUAAGAUGUAUGGGAAAAAGGUUUUUAGUCUGUGAUACCAAUAUGCAAGCCAGUCCAAAGCCACAAAAAAACACUAUUGGGGAAAUGUACUAAGAAAAAAAUACUUGUUUUUAGUUUUCACAGUUGAGAUGUAUUAAGCUUCUAUUCAACUUAUUCUAUUAAAUUUAUCAAACAAA